GGUGGUGCCUGGGCAGCGGUGCUCCCUGGGACAGCCUCGCGCUGUGCCCGGGGUCGGCAGAGACCACUGGAGCUUUGCCCGGUGCUGUGGAUGGAGACGGCCCUACGGCCCCAAACCACCACCCCCUGAGGGUGUGAAGUCCAACCCUUCCAAGCGGCAUAGAGACAGACUCAACCAGGAGCUGAACAAGCUGACUGGCUUGCUGCCCUUCCCUGAAGAUGUGUGCACCAGGCUCGAUAAGCUCUCCAUCCUCCGACUGGCUGUCGGGUACCUGAAGGUGAAGAGCUACUUGAUGGCCACAGCUAUGAACGUUGAUGACCGCAUGCUGGAUCAGCCCAGAGCCCCAGGAGGGGACGGACAGACAGACCUGCAGGUCAACAGGGAGCUGUUUCCUGAGGGGGAACUGCUGCUCCAGGCACUCAAUGGAUUUGUCAUCGCCGUGACUGGAGAUGGCUACAUCUUCUACAUCUCCCCGACUGUGCAGGACUACCUGGGCUUUCAUCAGUCGGAUCUCAUCUACCAGAGCGUGUACGAGCUGAUCCAUACAGACGACCGAGCCACCUUCCACUGCCAGCUGCACGGGGACCCGGUGUCCGGCAGCACCCAGCACACUGCCGACGCCCUUCUUGGUGACCAGGCACUGCCGGCUGGAUGCAGUGCCGCGUCCAGCCCCCAGCCUCUCUGCCCCGAGAAGCCAUCCUUCGCGGAGAGGAGCUUCACCUGCCGCUUCCGCUGCUUGCUGGAUAACUCCUCGGGAUUUCUGGCCUUGAACUUCCGCGGCCGCUUGAAAUUCCUUCUUGGGCAGCAGAAGGCGGCAUCGGAUGGGUCCCCGCUUGCGCUCUUUGCCAUUGCAACUCCCCUCCAGUCACUCUCCAUCCUGGAGCUUCGGACCAAGACGCUGAUCUUCCAGACAAAGCACAAGCUGGACUUCACUCCCAUGGCCUGUGAUUCCUGGGGGAAGGUUGUCCUGGGGUACACAGAAACGGAGCUGUGCAGGAAGGGGUCCGGGUACCAGUUUGUGCACGCGGCCGACAUGAUGUACUGCGCGGAGAACCACGUGAGAAUGAUGAAGACGGGGGAGAGCGGGCUGACGGUUUUCCGGCUGCUGACCAAGAAGGGCAGCUGGGUGUGGUUGCAGGCUAAUGCCCGGCUGGUGUACAAAGGGGGCAAGCCCGACUGCAUCAUCGCCCGGCAGCGAGCCCUGUCGAAUGAAGAAGGGGAGGAACAUCUGCGGAAGAGAAACCUGCAGCUGCCUUUUAGCUUUGCCACGGGGGAAGCAGUCCUAUAUGGGAAUGACCUUCCUGAGUUCCUGGACUCCUUCCAGGCUAAGGAGGAGUUGCAGACACAAGCAAAAUCCCACUCAAAGCAGCACUCAGUAGACCCCAACUCUCUUCUUGGGGCCAUGAUGAAGCAGGAUGCAUCCCUAUACAUCUCCCAUGCUGAUAAUGUGCCUCAGUUCUUGCCAGAUCUCAUCGCUGAGCCUGAUGGACUGAGCCAGCAUGAGGAAGUCAGUGAUGCCAAGGAGGACAGCGACUCCCUUCUGGUCAUUUUUGAAACCCUCUUUGAGAAGAGCAAGGUGGACAGAAACAUCUGCCAGACCCUCCAGAGCCUCAACGUGGACAACGCAGAGCUGCAGCGGUGGGAGGAGACUCUGCUUAGCUUGGGUGCAGGGGAGAAGCCUCCUGCUCAGGAGGUUGGAGAGAGGCUGGGCACCAAGGUGACAUCCUGUGUGGAGCAGAUGCUCCUCAGGGAGGAUGCUGGGAAGAGCACGGACUUCCCAUGCUGCAGCGCAUCCCCCUGCAAUGAGGAAGACAGUGCUGUGGCUCGUUUCCAGCACUGCUGGGCAGCUAAUUCAGUGUUUCAAGCCCCACCACAGGCCCAGGCACCUGGUGCACAAGGCCAAGAUGCUGCUGUCUCUCUAGUCUCCAUUACAUCUGAGGUCAGCUCUGCUCAACCAGACCAGCAGGUCCCAUUUAACCCAGCUGGGCUGGUGGGCAGGACUGUUCUGGAUGUCCCAGGCUCCAGCAGCAAGCCCUCUGUAGCACUUCAGCUGGCAAACCUGGGACAAGUGCUUCAAACAGAAGUUACCACCUCAGCUCCUGUAGAUAACGCUGUUCCUGAUGAUCAGAGCCAGCCCGGGUGUGAGCUGGUGGGCUCAAGCUGCCCACCUUCACUGCAUUCAAACGCACUAGUGACUCGGUGGCACGACGUCCUGGUCCAGGCAAACCCAGCCAAUGCUUUGGGUCAGAGCACUUCUCCUGGAGGUUGCCCAUCAGAAGCUUGGAUGACCACAGCUCCAAAACAGCUGGAAGGAGCAGGGACACACCUGGAGUCACAAACUCUGGUGGCCAGCAGCCCUGAGAGCCCCCCCGGGGCUGGGCUGUGGGUGCUGCCCUCCCAACCUGCUCCUUGCCCUGCGCGGGGCUUGCAUGAGUCCUUGUUCUCUGGGGCUGGGGACCUCCGCGAUGAGGAGGCCGCUCUCCCUGCACAAGCAUCAGCACCCUUAGGUGUCAGCCAACUGCCAGGGGAUGGUGUCUUCCCCAAACAGCCCCCGAUACUGCCCCCGGUGCCCAGUUUUUCUUGGGAAGGGGAGCAGGACAAGUGGUUCAUGCAGCACCAGCCAUGGCUCCUGCAGGCUGGGGCAACUCCUCAGAAAUGUGGUGGGGCAGGUCCGGUGCAACACAGCGGACUCCUUCUGGGGUCCAACAUGGGUCCCAGCACCCACCAGAUGGACCAGAUGUUGCUGCCUGAGUGCCAGUACAGAAAUAACCUUUUUGGACAUGAGAGCGCCUGCCUUAGAGAUGCUUCUAAAGUGUCCCUUCCCCAGCAGCUGGGCACUUUGCCUUGCCCCAGUGAGAGCCACCCUGGAGCAUCACGUUCCUCACCGGGCUCGGUUUUGAGGUGCUCAGCAGCUCUCCCUCCGAAGGUGGGUACAGGAGCGCUGCCCUCCUCCGAGCGGGGCCCUGGCUUCCCGUCAGCAUCCUUUGCGGGUGGGCAGCAGCUCUGUGCCUGCGAGGUCCAGCUCAAGGUGAGGUGCGAGGGCUGCAGGACCUGAGGGAGCACCCGCUCAAACGGAUGGAGCGAGGGGUGGUGCUGGGGGGAUGCAGGCACAGCGUCGGUUGCGGGCAGCCUGUUUUGAAGCCUCACUGUGAACUAGGAGCCACGUUUUGAAAAGCCACCAGCAAUUAUGAGCUCUUCUGGCCAGACACACCCGCAAGUGGUGCCCCAUGCUUCCUGGUUGCUCAGGAUUUUGUCUCCCAGUGCCUGAAACGAGGUGCCCCUGCAGAGCUUUCAGUAGCCUAGGACAAAGUGGUUUGCAUUUUGUCCAUAAGAAGCCUUUUGGGGAGAUGCAGCCCUGCCAGCAGGGAGGUUUGUCAGACUCUUGGGGUCAAGGAAAUGACCCCCCCCGCUCUCCAGUCCAUGCAUUCCUGGCAACCUCUUGCAGACAGACCUGCUGGCCUGACAGGCACCACAGCACCAAACUGCUGUUUCUUGAUGCAGCGUGGUCUCCUCACCACCUGUGUGUGGACCACCCUUGCCAGGUUGCUGUUUGGACCUGUGCAUCAUCUCCUCCUGUGCCUGAGCCCCUCUGCUCCUUGCUACCCCUAUGCUCUCCAUCUCCUCCCCUCCUCUUGAGCCCCUGGAGAUCCAGUUCCUUUAGAAAAGGGAAUGUCACCAAGCACUUUGAGAAGCUCAGCAGCAUUUGAAGGGUCUUUCUGCAAGGUGGAGUUGGUGAGAGCAGAGGCACGUUGGGAUUUUUGGCUCCUCAGCAGCUUUCCUGGGGAGUUUGGGAGAAGCGACCUUCCCUCGCAGCAGGGUGGGGAAGGUCCAGCCAAGUUCCCCUUGGGUUUGUCCCUGGCUCGUCCUUGUGUUCCUCUCCUGCACUCAGCAGUGCCACCAGACGGAGGAAGGACGGGGCUUACUCCUGCAGUUGCUCAGGAUGGUGUGGUUUUGCCAAAGCAGUGAGAAAGGCAGGAAGGGAUGCAGUGACUGCCGUCUGCCCCUCCACACCAACUUUGUGCCCCUCAAACUGCUGUCCUGGAGAGCAGCCCACUUUGUUGAAUUCCUUUUCUUUUGUAUUUUUUAACUUAAGAUGCGAAUUAGUUGGUUUGGGUUUUUUGUUUUUUAUUUCCACCACAGGGCAAAUUCUCCCACAUCUGUCAGGGAAAACCCACCAAAAAAGUAAGGGGGGGGUGGGGUAAGGUGGUUUGGUUCAAGCUAUACAAGCCAGGUUGGUCAAAGAUGUGGGAGAGGUUGGGGACCUCCACAUCUUCCCCCUUCUUGCACCCAUCCCCCUGAGCAUCAUGCCUGCCCCUCACACCAGCGUGUACUGCUUGCCAAGUGAGUAAAAUCAGGUAAUUAGCGCAGGGCUAGCCCAGCAGCAAGCCUGCAUGUGUCCUGGGGGGGUGGCCUCAUCUCCCUGGGUCUCUGCCACCAUGCCCGGCUUUGCCUCGCUGUGCUGGGGCUCCGGGGGCCGCUCACAGGGCGAGCUGGGCGUCGGGAGGGGUUGAGCUCCUGGCUGCAGGCUGGGAGCAGAGCGAUGCUGGAAAUGUGUCGGACCCCUCCGGAGUGGCCUGGAGAAGCAGCCGGGACAGGGCAAGGAGCUGACUGGCCGUGAUAUGGAGCCUUACGGCUCAGCGUGAGCCCGAAAGCAGUGGGAUGGACUCGUUAUUGUCCCAGCAGCUGUAAGAUGAUGUGAAACUGCGCAGCCCCAGCUGGGGGGGGCUGAGGGCUCCUGGUCCUGCAAGAGGUGCCCUUGGGGAGGGGGCACCCUGCCAGGCUCUGCUGGUUGGGGCUGAGACAGACCCCUGGUGCUCUGUUACUUGUGAUUACCUCUUUGUAUGUUGUGUAUGUGCAUCUAACGUCUAUUUUCAUGGCAGUGUCUCAUUUUACGCUUUGUGAUGUCUUUGUAUUGCUGUUGGCAGACAGAUGGUGCUGGGGAUAAAAAGAUGUCCUGAAACUCACCCCCUGCAUUUGGUUACGUAUUAAAAGGCAAUUUGCUUUG